AUGGGCCGUAAACGGUGGUGGUGUGGGGGCUCGGAGCUGCUGGUGCUCUUUAUCCUCCAUCACGUUAUUCUGGGCGACGGUGAUGUCGGGUGCCUGUUCAGUAAAAGCCUCUGCAACCCCCGAACGGAAACUUGCUACAACGAUUUGGCAUUCGGCAGGUGUUUACCAUUAUACACUGAUUUGAACGAAGAGGACUAUUAUCAGUAUGACUUUAACGUCGACGAAUUGGAACUACUAAGACUGCAAUUAGAGAGGCUGCAAAUCGACGGUUACAAAUGGUCGCAUCCCUACACACAAUGUAUUAUGCAGACAUCUUUAUAUAAUUUACGUCAUGGAGAAACCUACGAUCUUCGUUUGUGUCAGCAUCUGAAACAACAUACGCGUUUAGAGAACGAGAAUGCAAUUGAUCAGGCAAGAGUACCCGCAAUAGCCAUAGUAAAAUUCACGCCCGGCAAUGGUAAUUCUGGAAAUCAGUUUGCCAGCGAGUUAUACUAUCCCCCCGGAACACGCGAACAAUACGUUCGAAGCACAGUCUACAAUGAUGAGAUCCCACGAGCAUCGUACAAGGAACCGACCAGGGAGUCCCCUCGAUUUUACAGGCCAAGGUACACCCCGAGUCCUUACAACGAAUACGAGUCCAUCACUAAUGAAGGUAGCUACGAGGAUCGUGAAAAUAAGCAUAGAAGCAAACCCGUGACAUACGAUCAGGCCGAUGAAAGAAUGUACCGUACCAGACGACAACCGUACAGUUUACGUAAUUAUAAUGACGACGCUAUUGAGUCCAUAAGGUAUGUUUUGAACGGUGAGGUUAUGCCGAAGUUCGCCGAAACCGUAGAUACGAGCACCGUCAACAGCUUGCCCGUCGAGAAAUUGGAAUUUUUAAUAAGCCAGCUUCCCAACGACUAUUUCGAUAAAAAACAAACGAAAGACGAUAUGGAAGUCGAGUACGAAAAGGCUUUCUCCAAGAAGUACAAACAUCCUAGGAAAUUCUCGGGUGAUUCGACUAAAGAGGAAUCUUUGUUGGCUAAUGUAAAACGUAACUUGCAAACCGAUGACUAUCGCGACGAUGACUACGACGACGUGAACGACGAGAUUCAAUUACCUCAGAAAGAUGCUCCUUCGUUGGAGAAUGUUAUAUACACCGAGGGAGGUCUUGUACAGGCUACUGAUGAUAAAUCUGUUCUGGAUCCAGAUGAAAAACGCUAUAACACUGUGUUCGACGACGAGUUUGAAUGGACGCGAGAGUUGGCUGGCUUUAAAAGACGGGAACGCUUGGAUGUGAAGAAACCAGGACCGCCAUUUUCGACCAACAACUAUGCAUAUAAAAUACCAUCCCGUUCCAGUAUGGCAAAUGAAGAUCAGUCUGAUUCAAGUGAAACAGAUCAGGAUAAUGACGUAUUACUUCCUCCAUUCGUGAAAAAAGAAGUCGGAACCGGACAUCCGGCGGAAAGUUCUUCAGGAUCGUAUCACAAUGUCGAUUUAGAUCACGUUUAUAUGGAGUUGGAACAACCCUUUCGCAGGUGGUCCGAAGGUGAACAUGUUGUCAAAGAGGUGGAAAAGCUGCUAGAAUUAACACCGGGAACCCUAAAAGAUGUUAGAGUUGGUCGUGCGGAAGUAACGUUCAAGGUCGCAAAAAAUAAUAAGAAUUACAAUGCUACAGACGUUGUUAACAACAUAGACGAUAUACGAGGCAAGCUAAGGGAGACGCUGGGUGUCGAGGUGAUCCGUGCAGGCAUAGGUGACAAGGCUAAACUGCCUGCGACGCUAGAAGUUGCCAGGGAUCACGAAAUGAGUUCAAGCGUUUUCGGUGCGAUAGUGGCCGCGGGAAUCGCGGCUGCCGGUGCAGCUGCUGCGGUGACCCUGUUAAUUGCACGUAAUCACGCAAAAUCACGGGCUAAGUUGGCAGGAUUGUCUACUCCUGAUCCGGAAGCUUCCAAAGACUACCAGGAUCUGUGUCGAGCGCGGAUGCACGCGAAACAACCAACCGACAAACCCGAGUCACCUCGUGUCAGCCACUUGAGCCGCGAAAGUGAAUCGAAUAAUUUACCCUCGAAUCGUUCCAGCACGUCAUCAUGGGGAGACGAACCAGCUCUUUCGAACAUGGAUAUAUCAACUGGACAAAUGGUCCUUAGUUAUAUGGAAGAUCAUCUGAAAAAUAAAGACCGCUUGGAUCAAGAAUGGACAGCGUUGUGCGCGUACGAAGCCGAUCCUUGCUUGACCGAAGUCGCCGAAUCCGAGACGAACGUUAAAUGUAAUCGUCCCGGCGGCCCGCUACCGUAUGAUCACUCCAGGGUGAUAUUGAACGAUCUCGCGAACGCCAAUAAUUCUGACUAUAUUAACGCCUCCACCAUUAAAUCGACGGACCAUGAUCCACGGAAUCCAGCUUACAUCGCCACGCAAGGCCCACUACCUCAUACGACAGCUGAUUUCUGGCAACUGGUUUGGGAGCAGGGCAGCGUUGUGAUAGUAAUGCUAACCAGACUGACCGAGGAAGGUGUCGCCAUGUGUCAUCGUUACUGGCCCGAGGAAGGAUCGGAAUUGUAUCACAUCUACGAAGUACAUCUUGUCUCUGAGCAUUUCUGGUGCGACGACUAUCUGGUACGCUCUUUCUACCUGAAGAAUCUACGUACCGGCGAGACUCGGACCGUAACCCAAUUCCAUUUCUUAUCCUGGCCUGAAAAUGGUGUUCCGUACUCUACCAAGGCACUCCUUGAAUUCCGUCGAAAGAUCAACAAAUCGUACAAAGGAAGAUCAUGUCCCAUUGUUGUGCACUGCAGCGAUGGCGUUGGCCGUACCGGUACAUACUGUUUAAUCGACAUGGUCCUGAACCGGAUGAUGAAAGGAGCCAAGGAAAUCGAUAUCGCGGCUACUCUAGAACAUAUUAGGGAUCAGAGGCCCGACAUGGUUGCAACGAAACAACAAUUUAAGUUCGUUCUCAUGGCCGUGGCGGAAGAGGUACACGCUAUCCUAAAGGCUUUACCCGUACCCCCUGCCGAGAAAUCUCCUCCCGCGGGGAGCAGCUCUUCUACGAAGGAAGAACAGUGAGAUUUGAAAACCUGAUUCCGAAACUGCAGUCGCGACGAGCAAAGGCAAAGUAUUAAUUGCAGUAUAUAUCGAAGAACGAUGAAGGCCAAAUGUUUCUAGUCAAUCAUCUACAACUCUAAAAUCACUGUUAACACUUUUCGUUUAGGUUAUACUUCGUCCAAGAAACAUUGAAUUGUAGAAAUUGCAAGGUUUUAAUUUUAGUAUUUCGGUGAUUACACCGGUGAUACGAUUGAUACGUACAAAUUAUUGUAUUUGUCAGAUACUUCAGGGAGCAGUGUCAAUCAGCCUUUCUUUUCUAUCUCACUUCACU